AUGGUCACUGGCCACAUACCUCAAUUUGUGCCGUCCAUCGAGACAUCUCCCUCGAUUUUCGAUGAUACUCGAUCUUCAACUUCUGAAGCGACUUCCCCAGACCAUUCACUGGGCUCCGGCGAGACCUCCCUCGACGAUAGUACUUCGGCUGCUACUAUACAAGACAAGCAUUUACCCGUGAUAAAACGUCGCGCAUUCCGCGGAAAUAUGCCCGCAUCCAAUGAUAUACAGCCUAGACUAGGCUUCGGCAGUCUCGAUAUCAACUCCAUUGUCGAUUAUGGUACGCGCCCAAAGACACCUGAUGCCAUGGUCUCCCCCAUCUCGACCUAUACUCGAAUGCGUCUCGCUACGCCUCCGCAUACACCGGAACAAAAACAACUUGGCUUGUCAGCGGGACUCGACCAUGCGGUAGCACUAGCAGAAUUGGCUAUUUCAGCAACCGCACGAAGCCCAGUUUCUGCUGAACACACAGAAAUUCCUAGAGCAAAUCCAAAGUCAUUGACAACAUAUAUUGCCGGCACUCUGCGUUCAUCGCCUCGUUGGAAAUCUACAGCUUCAGGUGUGGAGAAUAGUAGGAAAGACGCUGUUUCUAGAGAAACUUCGCCCAGCGUUCCGUCUCAUGAAGAAUGCCAUGAAGGAAGGGCAAGUGAAACAACGAAACCCGCCGACGAGGACUAUGUGCCAUUUUUUGGAGCUGCUCAGGCAUCUCUCUGCCAGCCGGCUCUAGUAGCGACUGGAUUGGUCGCGUUAGGAGCUUCUGAAAUGUGUACGGAUUCAAAGGAUCCUCAUACAUCAGUUAGUUAUCGGAUAACAAAUGAAGAUGGGUCAACAGAUCGGCGAAGAACCGUUUCACAAGCUUCUCCCAUGGGUCAAAAUGACCUUUUCGGCGCAAAGAGAAGCACUCAGAAGCCCCGGGCAGUCACAAACAUUGAGAAGAAUCAUUACUUGGAAGCUCUACGAGCAGCUGUUCAACCCAAGUCCGACAUGAGUAGCAACAAUGACUCUAGAGUUCAUGGGCCUACAGAAAUCAGACCCGUCACUACCAAUGUCCAGACAUCGGGCACACGAACCGCCAUUACCACUCCAAGCAUGUCUGGAAGGGGUCUACAAACCAUCCGAGGGCAGGGUAUGGACUCUUGGUUGAGUACUGAGGAGAAUGUAAAUGUUCCCCCUACUCCUAAAGGAUUAUCCCAAGCCCGCGGAGAUGUCUUUUUGACGACUCUCAAUGAUAUUUGUACGAGUUCAUUAUCGGCUACGACUAAAGCCCAUGUUGUUCCCAGAGACCGAUCGGCUUACGCGACAGCUGUGGUAACCACCAAGAACAUUGCCAGACAUCCUUUGGGCGAGAUUGAUAUUGACGAAGAUGACGAAGUCGGUGGUUGUCCGGUUCUGUCUUCGACAUUGCUUCCACCAGUUCAGUCUCCCGAUGCGUUUAAAACUCCCUUUUCACGAAAGAUACCAUCUCUAGCUGAGCAGCAAAUCCAGGACAUGUUUCGGGCCCAAGUUCAGCAAGCAGCAACUUUUGGUGCACAUUUUCAACCCAUGUGUCAUCUCACCAAGGAACAGAAGUUUGAUAAUCUUCUGACCAAGAUGCAAGGAAAGCACUUGUUCGACCAUCGCCAUGCUGAUGAAACAGCUCGUGAUGUGCACUGUUUUGUGGACAUGUCCAAUAUCUUUAUUGGCUUUCAGGAUACCGCGAAGACUAGCCAAGGGCUCCCGUCAUCUGCUCGCGUCACAUUCUCACCUUUCAGUUUUGAGCAUUUGGCGUUUGUGCUUGAAAGAGGUCGAAAUACCGUCAAGCGGAGGCUUGCUGGAUCGGUGCGCCAAGCACAUCAGAUGAACAAGCUGCCGACCCAUAUAGCGGAUGCCCAGGCUUACGGAUACGACUGCAAGAUUCUUCAUCAAGUCGUUAAAUUGGAUCUGACACAGCCAUUGUCAGGUAGCCCGCACACGAGUGGUGAUGAAUCACGUACCGGUACCCUGUGCCCUCGCACCAAGCUAGGGGAACAAGGUGUCGACGAGGCACUCCACUUGUCCAUGCAAGACAGCAUCCUGGACGCCCAUGGCAAACCUGGGAUCAUGGUCCUCGGGACUGGCGAUGCCAAGCCAGCCGAAUACUCUGAUGGCUUUGCGCACUAUGCGAUCAAAGCUCUCAAGCACGGUUGGCAGGUCGAAGUGGUGUCAUGGCGUAAAUGCCUGUCUGGUGAAUGGAAGAAAUCGCCAUUCAAGGACAAGUAUGCUGAGCAGUUCCGGAUCAUUAUUCUUGAUGAUUUCUUCAACGAAAUUCAUGCGACCUGGAGCAGCAACAUUAACACCAGGCCCUCUGCAGUAUUGGCUCGGGCCUGA